GUAAUGCUUUAUCUCAAGACCGGCUCCCUCAGCGCCGAGUGUCUUGAUCUAGCGAUUGGGCUUGCUAUUCCCUUCCGGGAUAGCAACCGUCGCCUCUACAUGGCGAUUGGCCUAUCAUUGCCUCGUCAUCAUACAUUGGACCGGCUUAUCAUAGUCGUCAUCCUCGCAUCGCAGCCGGCCUCUCGGCCAAGGCGCGGUACCUUAUCAAGACUGGUCUUAGCCAUUCCUUUACUGGGUGGCGACCAUUGUAUGGAUUUUUGGGUCGGCCCCUCAGUGCCGAUCAUGGCAGGCCCUCGGCCUCGACGUGAUCAUAUUCCCCAAGACCGGUCUCAGUCAUUCCUUCAUCGGAUGGCGACCGUUGCUUGGACGUUUGGCUCGGCCUCAUAGUGCUGACGACCUCGCAUCAGGAUCGGCCCCCCGGCCUCGACGUGAUGCCCUAUCUCAACACCGGCUUUGUCAGCGCCAAGUGUGUUGAGCUAGCGAUCGGGCUCCCCAUCCCUUCCGGGAUGGUGACCGUCGCCUCUACAUGACGACCGGCUCAUCUCUGCCUCGUCGUCAUUAUUCGGAUCGGCUACCCAUUAUCGCCAUCCUCAUGUCACGACCGCCGCCCCGGCCUCGGCGUGAUGAUCUAUCUCAACACCGGCUUCAUCAGCGCCGAGUGUGUUGAGCUAGCGAUCAGGCUCGCCAUCCCUUCCUGGAUGGUGACUAUCGCCCCUACAUGGCGACCGGCUUAUCAUCGCCUCGUCAUUGUUAUUUUGGAUCGGCUCCUUAUCACGGCCGUCCUCACAUCACGAUCGGCCCCUAGGCCACGAUGUGAUGUCCUAUCUCCGAGACCGGCCUCUCAUUGCCGAAUGUCUUGGGUUAGCGAUCGGGCUCGCCAUCCCCUCCUGGAUGGCGACCGUUGCCUAUAUAUGAUGAUCGGCUCAGCAUUGCCUCGUCAUCGUAUCAUCAGACAGGCGUCCCACGCCCCGUCCUCAUGUUCAGACAGGCGUCCAACGCCUCGUCCGCAUAUAUUCAGACAGGCGUCCAACGCCUUGUCCCCACAUUCAGACAGGCGUCCAACGCCUCGUCCUCAUAUUCAGACAGGCGCCCAGCGCCUCAUCCUCAUAUUCAGACAGGCGUCCAACGCCUCGUCCUCAUGUUCGGAUCUAGCAAACAUCUUGCGGUCUCCGGCUCAGAGACUAAAGGAUCUCAGAUCUCAUCUAUAGGCCCCUCGGCCACAUCUUGCUCUAGCAUCUUUAUUUGAUGACGAAGGGCUCUCAUACAGGCCCAUCGGCCAUAUAUCUUGCUCCGUCAUCUUUAUUUGAUAACGAGAAGCUCAUCUAUAGGCCCCUCGGCCAUAUACCGCUCUGUCAUCUUUAUUUGAUGACGAAGAGCUCAUCUACAGGCCCAUCGGCCAUAUAUUAUUCUGUCAUCUUUAUUUGAUGGCGAAGAGCUCAUCUACAGGCCCAUCGGCCAUAUAUUAUUCUGUCAUCUUUGUUUGAUGACAAAGAGCUCAUCUACAGGCCCAUCGGCCAUAUAUUAUUCUGUCAUCUUUGUUUGAUGACGAAGAGCUCAUCUACAGGCCCAUCGGCCACAUAUCGUUCUGUCAUCUUUAUUUGAUGACGAGGAACUCAUCUAUAGGCCCCUGAGCCAUAUCUCGCCCCGUCGUCUUUAUUUGACGACGUGGAGCUCUUAUGCAGGCCCCUCGGCCAUACAUCGCCCCGUCGUCUUUAUUUAACGAUGUGGAGCUCUUAUCCAGGCCCCUCGGCCACACAUCGCCCCUUCGUCUUUAUUUGACGACGUGGAGCUCUCAUAUAUGCCUCUCGGCCACUACUCCCAGUCAUCUUUAUUUGAUGACGUGGAGCUCACAUCGGCCCAUCGGCCUCAUAUUCUGGUCAUCUUUAUUUGAUGAACCAGACAUUAUAUUAUGGACGGUCGCUCGACCCAUCCCUUAGUCAUCUUUAUUUGAUGACUAGGACUACUGAUCAUGACGAGCUACCCACAUCUAUGGAUCGGCCUCUGCCAUCCCGUCGCUGCAGCUCCACCUCUAGGCCGAAGGGCUCGCACCUUUUGUUUCGUUCUGGGGGCAUCCGAUGUACUCUUUUUCCCUCAUUAGGAUUUUUUCCCACAGGGUUUUUCCUAAUGAGGUUUUUAACGAGGCAUCUCCCCAUUGUGGAUCAAAAGGUGUCAACCCUCGGCCCCCUGUUGCAGACAUCAUCAGACAUGCAUUACUCUACUCCUCUUCACCUCGUUACACUCGCCUCAAGGAGUGGGGGACUGGGAGAGCGGGGGACUUAGUGCCUUCGCUACCAAAGAAGCAGAAAUUCAAAAUUUUUGCAAGGAUUGCCACACGCACCGACGACAUCAUCAUCUCACAUACAUAUUCAACUGCCACAUCGGCCAGUACAUAUACAUAGCUCCCCGGCCUCAGGACCGGUGGUGAUGGUCUCUAGCCUGCGACCUUCGGCUGAGGAUUUUCCCACAGGGUUGCCUCAGCCAGGGCUCACCAGUGGGAUCGGAUCAUCGGCUUGGGAAUCCGGGCGGGGCGCUUCGGUGACGACAGCGGUUUACUCACCAGACGACGACAGAUCAGCACAUAGUUCUACUCUCUUUCGCCUCGAGUACUCUCGACUCAGAGAGUGGGGGACUCCUGAUAGAGUAUAUAGACUCGGACCCCCGGGUCUCACGACUAUUGGGCCCGGACAGCGGCCCACAUACGCUCAGUAGAUAGCAUUUAUCUCAUUGUACACUUUAUUUAUUCAGAUGUAUCCAUUAGAAUAGAUUAGAUAUCAUUUAUUAGCCCUUUAUUAGCCUUUUAUUGUAACUGGGCCAGCCAGGCCCAAGCCUGGAAGCCCAACCCUCUUUUCUCCUAUAAAUACUCCCUAUGGGAGCCAUGUAAGGAAAUGAGAUAAUUGAUUGGAAUUCAUUAUAUAUAUCACUUUAUCUCUCUAGCUCUCACUUCUCUCUAAGAUUAAAUAAUCU